UUGUUAAUUCAACACUAAAGAGUUAUUAUGAGUGUUGUGGCAAGACUUUUGAGUUCUACUUUAAGUUGAUCAUGGGUGAAAGAAUAAUACUGAUACUACUACUAGUGCUUUCCUUCAACUUUUUGUUGCUUGCAGUAGCACAAGAUGUUAAUAGUGAUUUUGCAGUCCUAAAGUCUCUAAGAGGUUCUUGGCUAAGCCCAACUCCCAAUUGGGAGGGUUCAGAUCCUUGCAAGGACUGGGAAGGCAUUAAGUGCAAAAACUCACGUGUUAUUUCCAUAUCAUUAUCAGAUAUUGGCUUGACUGGCCACCUUUCAGGAGAUAUUGGAUCACUUUCUGAGUUGGAGAUUCUGGAUCUCUCAUACAAUAGGGGCCUCACAGGAUCACUUCCACAAGAAAUUGGAAACUUGAAGAAGCUAUUAAAAUUAGUUCUAGUUGGUUGUGGUUUUACUGGUCGUAUUCCAGAUGAAAUAGGAUUUCUAGAACAGCUUGUUUUCUUAUCUUUAAACUCCAACAAUUUUGUUGGACCAAUUCCACCUUCUAUUGGCAAUCUGUCAAAUCUUACUUGGCUAGAUUUAGCUGACAAUCAGCUUGAUGGAUCCAUCCCAGUAUCUAGUGGCACUACCUCUGGUCUUGAUAUGUUGCAAAAAACACUGCACUUUCAUCUUGGGAAGAAUAGGCUUUCAGGAGAAAUUCCUCCAAAACUUUUUAGCUCGAAAAUGACUCUGAUACAUGUGAUUUUUUACAGUAAUAAACUAGUUGGAAGCAUUCCAGAAACGCUUGGACUAGUUAAGAGUCUGACGUUGGUACGCUUUGAAAAUAAUUCAUUGAAUGGAUAUGUGCCCCAGACCCUCAGCAACCUUACCAAUGUCACAGACCUGUUGUUGUCCAACAAUAAGCUGCAAGGUGCCCUGCCAAACCUUACUGGGAUGAACUCCCUAAAAUACUUGGAUUUGAGCAACAAUAGCUUUGACAAGUCAGAUUUUCCACUGUGGCUUUCAAAUCUGAAGAAUUUAACAACAUUACAAAUGGAGAGUGUGGACCUUAACGGAAACAUUCCAGUUAAUUUAUUUAGCCUUGCCUAUUUACAAAAUGUUGUGCUAAACAACAACAACCUUGGUGGAACCUUGGAUAUUGGCACCAACAACAGAAAACACCUGAAACUUGUUAAUUUGAAGUCAAAUUCAAUUCAGGACUUCGAGCAACAAAAUGAUCUCCCAGAGAAUAUCACGAUAAUACUUGAGUCCAACCCCAUUUGUACAGAAACAGGAGCUAUGGAGAGGAGUUACUGCAAAAAACACAACAUCUUAGAUACAGAACCACAAAAUAAAUGUCCACCUGAUAGUUGCAGUCGAGAUCAGAUUCUAAGUCCCAAGUGCAUAUGUGGAUAUCCAAUUACAGGAACUUUGACUUUCAGAGCACCCUCAUAUUUUGAAUGGAGAGACACAACAUCCCUGGAGAAACAUCUUUUGCAAGAAUUUCAAUCUCAUGAUCUACCUGUGGAUUCAGUUUCUUUAAUCAUUUCAGAUCCAUUUCAUAGUUUUGUGUAUACCAUACAAAUUUUCCCACGAGGCCAAGAUCGUUUCGACCGACAAGACAAAUCUACAAUAAGCUCUAUUCUUGGCAACCUAAGUGCUACUAGUCCAUAUGAUUUUAUUACAGGAAACCAAGGACCGAAGGAGUCAACUAAUUCAUCAAGCAAGGUCUUAAUUAUUCGAGUAGCAGUUGGUGGUUCUUCCGUUAUGCUUGUUUUAUUAGUCCUUGCAGGUGUUUAUGCUUUCUGCCAGAAGAGAAGAGCAGAAAGAGCCAUUUCUCGAAGCAAUCCUUUUGGAAACUGGGAUCCAAAUAAAAGCAACUGCGGCACUCCUCAGUUAAAAGCAGCAAGGCAGUUUUCAUUUAAAGAAAUUAAGAAAUACACAAACAACUUCUCACAAGACAAUGAUAUUGGAUCAGGGGGUUAUGGAAAGGUUUAUCGGGGAACUCUUCCCAGUGGGCAAGUGGUAGCCAUAAAACGAGCUCAAAGAGAAUCAAAGCAGGGAGGGCUAGAAUUCAAAGCUGAAAUUGAACUCCUUUCAAGGGUCCACCACAAGAAUCUGGUUAGCCUUGUGGGAUUCUGCUUUGAACGAGAAGAACAAAUGCUGGUUUAUGAGUUUGUUCCAAAUGGAACUUUGAAGGAUGCUCUCACAGGGGAAUCUGGAAUUGUGUUGAGCUGGAGUAGAAGACUGAAAGUAGCCCUUGGUGCUGCCAGGGGUUUGGCUUAUCUUCAUGAACAUGCUGAUCCCCCUAUUAUACACAGGGACAUCAAAUCAAACAACAUUUUGCUGAAUGAAAACUAUACUGCAAAAGUUUCUGAUUUUGGUCUCUCCAAGUCUAUCUUAGAUGAUGAAAAAGAUUACGUCUCCACUCAAGUUAAAGGAACAAUGGGCUACUUGGAUCCAGAUUAUUAUACUAGUCAGAAGUUGACUGAAAAGAGUGAUGUCUAUAGUUUUGGAGUGCUAAUACUGGAGCUGAUUACUGCAAGAAAGCCAAUAGAACGAGGGAAAUACAUUGUGAAAGUGGUCAGGAGUACAAUAGAUAAGACAAAAGACUUGUAUGGUCUUCACAAAAUUAUUGACCCGGCCAUCUGUUCAGGAUCAACACUGGAGGGUUUUGAGAAGUUUGUGGACCUUGCAAUGGAGUGUGUUGAAGAUUCAGGAGCUGACAGGCCCGCAAUGAGUGAUGUGGUUAAAGAAAUUGAAGACAUGUUGCAGUCUGUUGGUAUGCACCUAACAUCUGAAUCAGUAACAUCCACAACAUCUAGUCAUAGAUAUCAGGAGGUAAGUAUAGUGAGUUUCCAUCUGGACCAACCUUACAGCAAUGAGUCCUUUGGUUCAAGUGCAGAACAUAUUCAAAAAUUGAACCUAGUUAGUUAAGUUAGUCUUUUUUCUCAAGAUUGAAGUCAAGAGAGACUUGUUUAUUAGUAUUUCUUGGCCAAAACACAGAAAAGUAGAAAUUGUGGAAUUUAGAGUUUGUGGCUGUGAGCUUCAGAGUAUAAGUGUGGUAGCAAGGUUAACAUUUCCUUGACUAUCAUUUCUUUUCCUUCUUUCUCUCCCACUAAAGAUGUGAAAUGUACAAUGAAUAUAGGUUUUGAUAUGGAACAUGUAGAAUAUAAAGUAUAAACAGUUUUAAUAUGGGCAUGAUUUCUCA